CUCUUCUUUCUUUGUACGAAAGUAGAGAAAAGAGAACAACACUUUAGUCCCUAAGCCCCUACCAACAAUACCAAUUCUUUCCCCACAACUCCCAAUUCCUAAAUUAAUUUCUAAACCCUUCCAUUAAUUUCCAUAUAAGCCCUAGAAUCUUUUCUUCACUUCCUUUUUUUUUUUUUUUAAUUUCUUUCUUGAUUCUGACUUUUUUUUUCUUUUUUCUUUUCUUUUUGUUUUUGAAUUUCUCCCAUUUCCAUCAGUUCUGAUCAUCAAUUCAUCAUCUUCUUACUAUUCCUUUAAAUGGGUUUCUUCUGAUACAGUUUUUUUAUUCCCUAGAUUAAUAAGGAAGAAAAAAGGAAUCCACACUCCUCUUUUUCUUCUCUCUUAACAUAAUUUUAGUUUUUCCUCUUGUAAUUGAAUCAUCAUUCUCUUUUUACCCUUUUUGAUUUUUCUGGGUGUUGUUUAAUUGCAAUUUUCAUGGCUGCUGUUGCACAAAAUGUGGUGAAUUCUGAUGAUCAGUUCACUAAGAAUUGUAACUCAAUUACUCAGAAUUCUGAGACUGACACUCAGAGUUGUGAUUCCAAAUCCGAAUUUCACAAAAACAUUAACGAACUUGCUCAAAUCUUGUCCAAAUUGAAUCCUUGGGCUAAGGAGUUUAUACCUUCUUCUUAUGGUUUGAAGAUUGAUCAGUCGGUUCAAAACAAUUUUUCUGCCUACAGUAAGAAUUCGAGCAAUGACAAAAUUUCUAAUAAUCGAAGGAGGAGGAAUAGCUUUAAUCAAGGGAACAGACGAGUGAAUGGGAGAUCCUUUCGUGCACAGCGGGAAGAAAGCAUUAGGCGCACUGUAUAUGUCUCUGAUAUCGACCAUCAGGUUACCGAAGAGCGUUUAGCUGCUUUGUUUAGUAAUUGUGGACAGGUUGUUGACUGCCGAAUCUGUGGUGAUCCUCAUUCGGUUCUUCGUUUUGCUUUUGUAGAGUUUGCUGAUGAAAGGGGUGCUAGAGCAGCCUUGAGCCUAGGUGGGACAAUGCUGGGAUACUAUCCAGUCAAGGUCUUGCCUUCAAAAACUGCUAUUCUCCCCGUGAACCCUACGUUUCUCCCAAGGUCUGAAGACGAAAGAGAAAUGUGCGCAAGAACUGUUUACUGUACAAAUAUUGAUAAAAAGGUUUCUCAGUUGGAGGUAAAAAUUUUCUUUGAAAGUGCUUGUGGUGAGGUAUCCCGUCUGAGGCUUUUGGGGGACAAUGUACAUUCAACUCGCAUUGCUUUUGUUGAAUUCACAAUGGCUGAAAGUGCUAUUCGGGCCUUGGACUGCAGUGGGAUGAUUUUAGGAACUCAACCUGUUAGGGUGAGUCCUUCAAAGACACCGGUGAGGCCACGACUCUCUCGGGCAGCAUCAAAUUGAGCUAACACCCAUGCCCACCUUUUGUGGAUUGUGGCAAAAUUGUAGUUAAUUGAAUCCGGAAAAGACCACCUUGUUGAAGGGAUGGUGAACAAAUUUGUAUUCCCUUUGAUUCCUCUCUUGUUCCGUCAACAAUAGUCAUCCCGCCAUGCGGUUUAAACAUAUAGGGCCCCGCUCUGCUUCAAUUGAAGUUUUUACUGAGCUUAGGAUUUUAAUUUCUUUACUCAUUGUUCUAUGGCUCUUCCGUAAAUCUUGUCAAGUUGAAAUUGUUAAUCGCUGGUUAAGUCGAGGAUUGGUAGGGUUUGAUGGUGCUGUCUCUAUAAAAGUAGAUGGCUAUUAGAACAUUAACAAUAUGGAUGAUAUAUUUCCCACCUUGUGCGUCUUGUGGGUCAGUGAUUUGAUCCGGAAGCAUUCCUCUCGAACGUGAGCAUUAAGUUUAAUUGCAAUCCUCCAUGAGUUUGCGUAAGUUGCCCUCGAGCUUAGAGCAUCAAAUUUAAUCGCAAUUCCCCUCGAGUUGGGAUUAAGGUGUUGUGAUUGUUGUCCUCUUUAGUUUCUCGAUCAUGAAUAAAGAACUAUACUCACCCUUGAGACUAGCGAAAACGGGUCGAAAUAGAGUGUUUUUUUUUUCUUUCUUAUGCUUUAGGGGGUGUUUUUAAAGAGGCGGGAAAUUUGAGAUGAGAUAAAAAAAAAAAGUCCCUUAUUUGUUUGGAUUAAAAG